CUCUUUGCCGCAUCUACUGCGAGAAUGAAGACCAUUCUCAGCAAUCAGACUGUCGACAUUCCAGAAAAUGUCGACAUCACACUAAAAGGACGCACAGUCAUUGUGAAGGGCCCCAGAGGCACUCUGAGGAGGGACUUCAACCACAUCAAUGUAGAACUCAGUCUCCUUGGAAAGAAAAAGAAGAGGCUCCGGGUUGACAAAUGGUGGGGAAAUAGAAAGGAACUGGCAACUGUUCGCACCAUCUGUAGUCAUGUACAGAAUAUGAUCAAGGGUGUUACACUGGGCUUCCGUUACAAGAUGAGGUCUGUGUAUGCUCACUUCCCCAUCAACGUCGUUAUUCAGGAGAAUGGUUCUCUUGUUGAAAUCCGAAAUUUUUUGGGUGAAAAAUAUAUCCGCAGGGUUCGGAUGAGGCCAGGGGUUGCUUGUUCAGUAUCUCAAGCCCAGAAAGAUGAGCUGAUUUUAGAAGGAAAUGACAUUGAACUUGUAUCAAAUUCAGCUGCUUUGAUUCAGCAAGCCACAACUGUUAAGAACAAGGAUAUCAGAAAAUUUUUGGAUGGUAUCUAUGUUUCUGAAAAAGGAACAGUUCAGCAGGCUGAUGAAUAAGAUUUGAGUUGUCCCGGCUACAGAAACAACAAGAUGCCAGAUGAUUCUUCACAUUCAUUUGUGAUGUUUUACGAUACAAUAAAAAGUCUAUUGACUUAGAACUUUUUCUUGAACUGAUUAUCCUCCAAUUUUUUGGCCAGUAAGCAGUUAGGUAAAUUAUAGUGUGCUGAGAAUGAUAACAGGGAAUAGGAGUGUUUUCUAGUAAGACUUAAUGAAGUGGCUUGAAGGAAUAUCAAGGAUAUUUCGGACAAGAGGCAUGUGGGUACCAGUGAUAGGCAACACUGUAGCUGUUCAUUAUUGGAUGUAGAACUUUGGGAGAUACCCUGAGGGUAUGUGUAGUUUUGCAGAGGCAUGAAUUUGAAUGUUCGUGAGGCAAGCGUUUUAGUUAAACAGCAUUCAUUUUGAAAGAGCACCCAAGAUGUGAUAGAGCCUUAGAAGAUGGAGUUAAUUUGUAUUCCUAAAAAGCAUAGUUGUAGUCCAAGAUUCUCUGUCUUAAUCCUACUUGAGCUGUUUACUCAUAUCUGAUAUCUUAAAAACCCCAAUUCGCUUUCUAUAAUUUUUUUAUGCCUCAUACUUUAGAUAUUGCUAUCAUACUAGACUGUCUUAAUAGGGUUGCCCCCAAACCUCUUCCUGCAGUUUUCCUCAUUUGAUGGAAGCUCCAACCAAAGGCAGAAUCACAAUUCAGCUUGAUUUCUCUAUGUGUCCAGUCCAUCAGAAAAAUCUGGACUCUGCCUUCGAAGUGAGGUAUGUUCAAGGACUAAGAAGAAAAAAUAAAGUCAACCAUUUGAAACAGAAUGGAUCUUACUAAGAUCUUGAUUUACACAAAUGAAAUUAACUUUAUAUGGAGUUUUGAUGAUAAUGGUUAAAAUUUUAAAGAAUGGAUGAAAUCGUAAAUAAAGAUUUUGCUUUGAAUAUUA